UAACUUGUUGUUAAAAUAACAAUGAUGACGAUGAUGAUCAAUCAGCAAAAAUAAUCGAGAAUAAUGGUAAUAAAACUAUUAAACAAUAUGAUAGUUUGAAUAAGAUUUUCGACAAUUUAAUGAACAUUCAAGAAACAUGCAUUUUAAAUAAUUUUAUCGAAGACGAACAAAUAAAAGAAAGAAUGACACAAACCAUCAAAUUAUAUUCGCACUGGAACAAAAAGUUCAUAGUUGCCAAGAAUAAAACAAUACAAGAAAAAGAAAGUUCUAAUAAGAAAUUCAUAGAAACAAAAAUUUUGGCAACAAGUGAAUUAAAUAUGAAGUCUGGAGAUCCGAUGGAUUUUCCAUUAUGGUCAAAAUACAUAGAAAAAGAGAUAGUUCAAAACGAUAAUUUCACAGAAUUAGAAAAAAUUAUCAAAAUUAAAUCGAUGUUACCAAACGAUUUCGUUUUAAUUUUUGAUUAUGAAAAACCCAAUGUGAAAGAUAUUAUUGAACAAAUCAACAAAAGAUAUAAUUCAGAGUUGCUAAUAGCAAAUUCAAUAAGAAAGAAAAUAAACAAUUUAAAUAUCUUAGAUGAAAAAUCCAAAGCGGAAGAUUGGAAUAAAGCCUUAACAAUCGUUGAAGCAAUAAAUGUUUUGAAUAAACAGGGAAAAGAAUUUGCAGCAAAAGAAUUAUCCAAAAAUAUGUUAUUUAAAAUCAAGAAAAAUGAUAAUUUAUUUGCCGAUCUGCAUGAAAAAGAUUUUACAAAGAAAUUAUUGGAGAAAAUCAAGAAAUCUUUUGAAAGUGCAUCCAAUAGAGAGAUGUUUGAGCCACAAACACAAUCAAAAACGAAAAAUUCAGCUUUGGUAACGAUUGAAAAAAGUUGUUUCUUAUGCAAUGGGAAACAUCCCAGUUUUUUAUGUAAUCUUCCGAGAAAGGAAAAAUUUGAAAAAGCAAAAGAAAAAAAGUUAUGUUUUAAAUGUCUUGGAAAAUUCAAUCAUUUUCAUACAAAUUGUAAAAAAGGCAGACGAUGUAAUUGUGAAAAGAAAAUGAACAUCACAAUUUGUCCAUGCCAAGAAGAUAACAAAGAAAAAGUAGUUGUUAAUAAAGAAAAAGAAAAUAAAGAAGAAAGUCAAAUUUUGGAGAGUCAAAGUUUUGCAAGUCAUGUUUCAACAACAGGAAAAGAACAUGCGGCGGUUUCUGCAGGAAAAAAAACAAAAUCAUUUUUAUCGAUUAUUGAAUUAUUUGCAGCUAACAACAAAAGAAAACAAAAAGUUUUUGCAUUAUUAGAUGGGUGUGCAACAAUUAGUUCAAUUUCAUCGAAUUUGGCCAAGAAAUUACGAAUAGAAUCGAUAAUCGAAAACGAAACUGAAGUUCAAGGAUACGGAAGCAUUUCAACUGGUCUACAACGUGCCACUCAAAUAUAUUUCGAAUCAUUAAAUGGAAUAAAAUUUGGUCCAGAUAAAAUUCUAAUUGGACCAGAAAAAAUUUUAGAUGAUGUAGAUUCCGUACCAAACUAUAUUUUGGAAAAAGCAAAAACAAUGGGUUUAUUUCCAAUUUCACCAUCAUCUGAAUCAUCUCCAAUAAGAAUUGACGCAUUAUUUGGCUUAGACUGGCUUUUCCAACAUAUACUUUCACCAGUCUUUUAACACCAUUUCAAUUGAGCUUCAGAGAAUUUAUACGAGAUCUACAUUUAUCAAAAAUCAAUUGGGAUGAGCCAUUAAAUCAAUCUUUCAUAUUACGAGCAGAAAAGUUGGCGAAACAAAUGGACGAUUUAAAACGUGUUCAUCUUCCACGAGUUGGUACUUACGUACUUUACCCACCGCAGACUGGUUUGUUUGAGUUUUGUUUAAAAUAAAGACUGUUUUGAUUCAAAAUGUGUUUAGUGUAAUUUAGU